AUGAGCACCGAAGCAGACGCAAAGUUCCCUCUCCACGAGGCCGCUAGAGAGGGAAAAAUUACCACCGCCGAAUCACUUCUAAAUGCAAACCCAAAACUAGCAACAACAAAAGACGACGAUGACCGUCUCCCCAUCCAUUGGGCCGUAGCAUACAACCACCUGCCCAUCGUCGAGCUCCUUGUUUCAACCAAGAAUUUCGAUCCUGAUGUCGAGGAUGGCUCAGGCUGGACACCCUUAAUGAUAGCAGCCAGCCUCAAGAACGCCGAAGGGGAUCCCAUCAUCGAGCUCCUUCUCCGAAAAGGCGCAGAUGUCAAUGUCAAGAGCGUAACUGGCCAGAACGCGCUGCACUUCGCCACCUCAAAAGCAAACCUUAGCACAGUGCGCACCCUCCUCGCGAACAAAUGCAGCGCCCGCGUCAAAGACCGGCGCGGCCAACUCGCUCUGCACCGCGCCGCGGCCAUCGGCUCCACCCCCAUCAUCCAGCUCCUGCUCAAGGAGGGGCGGAGUCCCGUGAAUGCGACGGACGCCGAUGGGAUGACGGCGCUGCACCAUGCUGUUUCGGAGGGGCAUGGGGAUGCGGCGGUUGCGCUGUUGAAGGAGGGGGCUGAGGCGGAUAAGAGGGAUGGGGAGGGGAAGUUGGCCUUGGAUUUGGCGCCAGAUGCGAAGGUUCGCCAGUAUAUUUUGCAGGCUGCGGAGAGGGAGGGCAUUGACCUGUAG